ACGACUUACCAAAAAAACCAAACAUUAUCAAAAUCUACGAAAUUAGCCUAGCUAUUGCCUCCCACUACACUGAGAUACUGGAAAUUUCCAUUUCUUUUUCACCCUUCCUCCUACUGGAAAUUUCCAGUCACCGGAGAGCAGUUCAAUUCCACUACACUAGUACAACCCACUUUGGAAAAGUAGAAGAUAGUAGUGUGAACACCUUGCCUAUCAUAUUUCUUACGCGUGAUUUGGAACAUGCUACUCUAUAAAAACAUGCUUUGUACAUCCUCAGUCCGAGAUAUAAAAGAAAAAAGGGGCGACAGAGAUUCAAUCCAUGGCAGCCAAUUCAGGGUUCAGUCCGUCCAUUGAUGAAGAAAGGUGGGUGAGCCUAGGUAGCAGAGCCUUACAGUCAGAACUCAUCUUAGAAAUCGAUGGCUUUUCUCCAACAAUCUUUCAAGUCCCCAAGUCCGUCAGCGAAACCAAGCCAGAAGCCUACACCCCUCUGCUACUCGGCAUGGGACCGUACCAUCAUCUCCGGCCCGACCUCCACGCCGCAAACCUCCAGAAGCUCGUCGCCCUCAACAAAUUUCUUGGAAAAAACCCAUCCAAUAACUUCUCCAAACACAUCCUCAAAAAGAUGAGGGGUUUGGAGCUGCUGGUUCGGGCCAGCUACGACCAGUACGUGGAUCUGGAUUGCUCCACCCUAGACUACAUCCUCGCCGUUGAUUCUUUCUAUCUGCUCGUUAUUUUGGGUAUGUACGGGGAGGAAACUCCAACUCUCGAACCCGGUUGCCAAGAGCUUGCCAAGGAUAUCUUGAAGUUGGAGAAUCAAAUCCCUGCAUGUGUGGUAGAAGAGAUGGGGAAUCAGCUCGGGAGUAGAAGCAGAAGUUGGAGUGUUUGUGUGAAAGUGCAGAAGUACUUUUGAUGGUCUAAUUUACUGCUAGAAUCAGUGUUUUUAGAAGUUGGGAGAGAUCAGCUUCUGAAAACUGAUUCUGUUUCUACUUUAAAAAAGAAGUAGAAGCAGAAUCAGUUCCAAACACCCUCGUAGUAAUGGACAUUUAGAGCUUGUUUGGUAAAAUUGAAAUCGCUGAAUCGAUCGAUUCUGCUGAAAUUUAUUAAAUUCUGGCUGAAGUGGCUGAAGUGCCUGAUUAUGUUGAUUUAUGAAAAAAUAAUAUUUAAAAUAUAUUUUAUUAAAAGAGUAAAGAAAAAAUUAUAUGAAAAAUAGCUAAAAUGGUCAUCUACAGUAACUUCAGCCAAUACAGCCAGAAAAGAAACUUCAAUUUUACUUUUUCUUAUUAUUACACAAUUCAACGUGUCAAAUCAAAAGUUGUAUGUUUGUUAAAAAGUUGGUUGAUAAGCCUAACAAGCCGAAAAACAGAGUUACC